UGUACAUUCCAAUACUUUUUAUGAUUCCAGAAGAAAAAAUCUUAAAUACAGUUAUUGACAACCAUUUGUAAACUAAACUUCUUGUGGCUGACCUGACAUUAUAUCCAGGCCUGAGAUUAUGACCUUAAGUUUUUCUGAUUUUUCAAAUCUUGAAAAAGUCGUGUUGCAGUUUAGUAGAGACAGUAGCAACAAAUGGAAACUAGUUUCAGAUUUGAAAAAAUCAAGAAAUGAAGAAAACUUUGAUUUGAAAUCACAAAACUAUCUUUAUCUGAUUAAGGCCCAUACGUCAAAGAUUUCAUAAGAUUUAUUUAGGAUGAUUUAAGAUUUGGUCUUGGUUCACCGUAGGGUUACAAUCCAGACUGAUCUUCAAGAUGAGUAUAGGAACCACAGCUCAUUGGGUUUCACUUUUCUAUAUCAAUAAUUUCCACUCAAUUUUUCAAGGGAGGAUUUUUUUCCAUUGGAAAUGUCAUUAUCUUCUAAAUCCAAUAGGAUCUAUUUUUCUUGUAAUAUUAAUAAAGCGAAUCGGAUAGGAUUGUACCAUUAUCGUAAACUCGGCAUAACAUUACCAAAAAGAUUUCAGAUCAUCAUGGUUGAAAUGAUUUUAGAUUUUGAAUUCAUGAUAUACUCAAGAACAAAUCCAGUUAUUAAAAUAUAGUUAAGAUGAUUUAUUCUAUGCUCGCCAUUUGUUUGACAAAAAAGAUGUGCCCCUAAGUAUUCUGAAAAUCUUUUAAUCUGGGAAGCUAAUUACAGCAAGCAAAGUUGAUGAAAAAAUUAUAUCUUUUUAAAAAAACUUUUUGGAGAUUGUUUAGCUAGAUUCAUUUAUGUACUUAUGCUUUUGCUCAUUCUUAGCAACAUACCAAAAUUUCGUGUUAUGCAGCCUUCAUCAAACAUUAAUCUCAUUGUUAAUAGUUCUCCAGAAUGUAUGUUGACUGCAGAACACCGUCAAAAAUUUUUUUGAAUCCCUUUUUUGGUUAAAAUGUACAUGUAAGCAAUCUCGUACUAUUAUUGUGUACUACUACUAAUAAGACGUCACACGCAGUUAAUACUGCACGAUGCGUUUCACAAUGCCACGCCAGUUCUUUCUGUCCUGUGUCAGUUCAGAUAAUCUAUUCAAUGUUUGUGCUCCUUUUGGGAAAUCCAGUUUAAUUCCGAUGCUGGCCAAAUCUUGCCUUACUGUCUGCAUCCAGGUCGUCUUUGGUUUUCCUUGUGGCCGUUUUACUUUCCCGAGAUAUUCUUUAAGAGUUUUCCUUGCUGGUGUUUCUGGAUGCAAGCGCACGAGAUGUCCUAGCCAUGUUAGUCUCCUUUCUCUUAUUAUUUCACUCCAUGGUUCACAUUUUGUUCUGGCAUAGAGCUCGUUGUUGGUAAUAUUUUUUUGCCAGUUAAUUCCUAGGAUCUUUCUUAGGUGUCUACGUUGGAAGGUGUCGAUGGUGUUUUCUAGCUUCUUCGUUAGUGUCCACAGUUCGCUAUAAUACAAAAAUACACUUGCUACAUAGGCAUUAAAAGUUGUCAGUUUGAUCUUGAUGGAGUUUUCUUGUAUACAGUUUCUUAUAAUUAAGGGAAAGGUUCUUCGAGACACUUUGUUAUGGAAACCUCUCACCCUUUCCUUUAAUUCUGGCUUCAUACUCGAUGGAUUUUUCCUAUCGGAACUCUUUUUAACCCUGCGGAGUAUAUGUGAGUUAUAUCAAGAUUGUCAAAUUUACCUUCAUUAGAAGUUCAUGAUAACAACCAGUGGCCAUUAGUUGAUCAGUCAUUGGUGAUGAGAAUUCGUGUUCUUUGCCUCUCGCUGCAGAAAGUCUUUACAAGCAAUCUCACUUUCAAAUCUAUCUUCUUGAUAUAGCUAUUCAUCUUAUGACGAACGCGGUUUCCUAAUUAUUUGUCUGUUUUGUCAUGAAAUUAUCGUAAGUUUCUUGGGCGACAAUCAGGCUUGUAAAAUAAGCAAAUUAGGAGAUUUCGAUUAUAUUUAAUCAGAGAAGAUCGUCAGAACCAGAUGGUUUUGUUUAUAUUAAUAUGCUAAUUAAAAGUUUACACUAGAAUCUGUUGUGAUUUUUACGGACCAGACUAAACUUCAGAGGAUUCCUUUGGUUUGGUGACAGCGAACAGCCAUUGCCUUGAUGAAAUGAAAAUUAUGGUUUCUUAUGGGUCGCCAUUCUAACUACUAAAAUUACUUCUUCUUUGUGCUUCUAGAUUCCAGUCUCUUUAAGAAGUGCUUCUUGUAAGAGAUGCCUGUUUAUUGCCUUGAUUCGAUUUCAAAUGCUUUACCUAAAUUUUUUUAUUACCAUUGAAUGUCACAUAGAAUUCUGUUUCAAGUUCUUUUUUAUGAUAUUAAAAUGAUGUUUGGUGUUGAAUGAAUAAUUAAUCUUCAAUUGUUUAUUUAAAUGGAACAAAAUCCUCAUUGUUUAUCUGCGGUUAUGCAUCACUAGGUUAGGCACACUUUGGCCAAAAAGUUUAAUAAACCUGCUGUAGUUGGGGAAAUCACAUUCGAUGAAUUUUUUGAGUAUCCUUAUCAUUAAGAUUGUAGAUUAAGAACUCCUGAUUCCCAAACGAAAGAAAUAGCUUUAACUUCAAAUACAUUGACCAACCCAUAGCUAUAUAGAUGAAUGAGGUCCUGUGUCUUAUGAUUUAUUCAGUACCUAGUGAUCUUGUGGUCUAAAAAUUAUGGAUACUACAGCAUUAAAUUUUCAUGCAAAUAGCAAAUAUUUUUUAUGUUCCCAACAAAUUCCUUGAUUUUAUUCAAUUUAAAUACAUUGUAUUUGCAAAAGCUUAAGAUCCUUGUUUUCGGCUUGCAAUUUCUAAGAAGUUUUCGAAUUCUUUGAAAAACUAUGAAUCACAAAAUUUUGAAACAAAGGAAUGCUUUGAUGUCACCUUAGUUUGCUGCUGUUCAGAAUUGCAUGGUAUCUUAUAAAGUUCACUCUCGAAGCCUGUUUUGUAUUUAAAGGAGCGAAAUUGUUUUUGCUUCAUUGAACUUGUUUUCACAACAAUAUUACAAAGUCACUUUGUUAUAGUAAGGCUUGUAGGCCUACGUAGCUUAUAGCUUUCCAGCAUAAUCAAAUACCCAGCAUAAUGCUAAUCAUGAUCGCCAUCGUGAUCGUUAUUAUGAUCGUCUCUGUGAAAGUUAUUAUGAUCAUGUCCGUGAUCGUUAUUAUGAUCGUCUUCGUGAUCGUUAUUAUGAUCGUCUUUGUGAUCGUUAUUAUGAUCGUCUUCGUGAUCGUUAUUAUGAUCGUCUUCGUGAUCUUUAUAAUGAUCGCCGUAUUGAACAUGAUGAUUGCCAUUGCGAUUACAAUGAUCGAUCGUCAUUAUGAUUAAAGUGAUCGUCAAUGUGAUUAUUAUGACCAUAAUCGUCAAAAUAAUCAUAAGGUUGUAUCAUGAUGAUCAGGAUGAUGCUUAUGGUGAUAACCAUAAUCAUCACUAAUCAACAUAAUCACCGACUACAGUUAAUUAGCACAGUGUCAAUCAUGCUCUGCAUCACCUUCAUCCUACAUUUCUAAUCAAAAGCUUUACAUCAUAGCUUGAUCAAGCUUAGGUGCCUGCUCAUUACGUAGCGUAGCAAACAUGAGAAUUAUGUAUGCAUGUAAUUGGUCUUAUUUAAGCUAUUGCAUCUCAAAAUUGGUCCCUCCGCAGAACAGCCAGCUCCUUUCCACGUCUUGGUCUUGUAAGAUCUACUGGAAUAUUCUUUAUGUUAUCUUCUUUCUGUUGCUCUUAAAUAUUUAAAAAACUAUACUUCAUAGUGACCGCCAAACAGUUACUUGUAUUAAUGAUAACAGAUGCACCGGUAAAUAUUUUAUAAAGCAAAGUGUUUAUAUCUCUACACACAGUUGAAAUAAAGCUCUGUUCAUCAGAAAUCAGAUUGCGAUUCGCCUCUUGCAAAUUCUUAGGUCAAACUCUACUUCUCGGGCUAAGGUCAUACUUUCUUUGCGCACUCGAAUCCAACAACAACCUCGUUUGCAAUACAAUUCUCCUCCAAAAAUUUGUUCUUAGAUAAGAUAUCUUGAAUAUAUCGACUACCACUAGAAACGAGGCUGUUACAUAUGAGUGAGGAGAUGCUUUUCAAUAUUAUGAACUGUUGGUUGGUACCGCACAAUGUUUUGUUAGGUCGGGUUCUCGCAGAUGUAUGCAGAUGUUAAUCCUUGCACCGGACCAGGGUUACUGUCUCUAAUAUUGUUUGGCUGAAGGCUGGCUCUAAUAGAGGAAUUUUGCGAAGAAAUAUUUUCUCUGUUACUUAGGAAUGUCGGGUAUAAGAUGUUAAUUAAUUAAGUAUGGCCAUACCAUAAUAACUUUGAUAUUUCCAUAAAUAUUUCCAUAGCUCCUUAUGUUGAAAAAUCUUUGAUCGUUGUGUUGAAAAUUAUGAAUAAGAAUUUUUUCAGGAAUCAUCGGGCGAUUUUAACUUCAUAACUUGGAAAACGAUAGAAUCGAAGGUUAUUCGUGCAAUUUUUGUUAUGAUUUGGAGUAGCAGCUUUGUAAAGGAAAAGUUAACAAUGCAACCAAUAAACGGAAAGUCUGACUACUUAGCAAUGUUGUUACAGCAGCAUAGAAAUAUUUAUUUUGGUGACUUGUUGCACAAAAUAUGACAAUUUUCUUCGACCAGGUUUUCUGUCCACAAGUCCAUUGUCAAUAUUUCUCAUGAUCUUUUGGCUAUCAAAGUUCCUUAAGCACAAGGGAAACUCUUGUGUAGCAAUUUCUAGAAAGCAUCAAGCAAAAGGUUUUCUUGAUAACCUUCGGCCUUCUGUAUACUAGAAACAUGUCUUAAAAUACUCAUUAAAUUUCCUGAUGUUGUUUUUUAUAUUAAGGACCGUUUUUCUUGAGCUGUCCAGGUACUACAUGAUAUCAAGGGGUGUUGAUUUUAAAUAUCCUUGAGAUAUUACCUGAUGUUUGGGGAUAUUGGCCUUUUGAGCCCUCUAGGCACUAUCUUAUAUUUAGGGAUAUUAUCCUUAAAAACUCUCAAAAAAACAACGGAUAUUUAGGGGUAUUAUCCUAAAAACCCUUGAGAUAGUGCCUGAUGUUUAGCGAUAUCAACCUUUAAAUAUUCUCAAGGUACUACCUGGUAUUUAGGGAUAUUACUCCAAAAGUCAUUGAGUUUUCCCCCCAUAUUUAGGGUUAUUAGCCUAAUUACUCUCAAAGACUACCUAAUAGUACUCCUAAAAAUUCAUAAUUAGUGACAGUAGGCAAAAUCAUAUAGGGGCCGAGAGAUAGAAAACACUGUGAUUUUUAGACCUGUAAUGAGCACAUUCACUUUGAGUUGAACAGUUCCAGUCUCAGUUUUCAUUGACAAAUACAUUUGAAGAAGUUACAGUAAAAAAAGAACAUUACCUCAUUAAGAAUAUAAAUUAUCAAAACUAAACCUAAACAUUACAUGACCCCUUUCGUCAUUAAUACGUUGCAGUGUAGCGCUAACGAUUGGCUUUGUACUCUGCGAUGUUGAGCUAAAAAAGUACCGUAUGAAAGAAUGAAUGUUUGAAGGAACCCUAUUGUAUGAGAACAGUAGAAAUAACUGUAAUUUUUCAUGGGCAACAAAGGAUCCUUAUGAUUUUUGAAGGGCACAAGCCCUCCUAAGACAGAAAUAACAACGGCCCUGCCUAUCUGCUGUGAUCACUGAACAUUAAGCAACCAAUCCUUAGUCUAAAGUUCACCCAGCCGAUAUUUUUCCUGAGGCCUGGGGCACAGAGAAAGAUGGGGUCCUUGAAGACGUCAUUAAACUGUGGUUGUAAUUGUUGCAAAUAAGAAACACCGCAAUACGGCGAGAAUGAACAACAAUAAAUACACGUAAAUUAUUAAAGGCUAAUUGUUGUAAUUAUUGUUUUGUUAUUGUUAGGACACCACCAGCGACAGCUACUUAUGCGUCAACAGAAAUCAGAGAAGUCUCUUUAAUUCAAACACAUCAUUAUUAGCAUUCAAAAUAUGACAAAGUUUUAUCGUUUUAAAUUGAAUUUAAAAAUCGUGUUAAACUUUUAGGGCCCCUAAGGCAAUCUGCCCCCGGCCCCCUCCUUUGUUCGCCUGCUCUCAGCUCUGUCCUCUUGCUAAUAAUAAGUUAUUUAUCAUUCAUCCAAGUUAUUUAUCUUAGGUCGAAAACCGAUGUAUUGGGGAUUUCACUUCGAGGAUUAAAUGUCUGAUUGACGGGUUUUUGAAUAGGUUGAAGAACCUGCACGAUUGGUUGUGCAUUCAUUUCAUAACUGUUAUUGUUCGAGGUAUUGAGGAUGCAGGUGGCUGGGAAACCGCUCUGAGGCUAGAUUUGGGAUUAUUAUUGAAUCCACCUCUCGAAUCAACGAAAAGUCACCUCGGUCUCCUCGUGAAUCGAAUCAUAGCAGUCACAGGGGCUCUGCAGGGUUUUGUAGAAAUAUUAUUGAUGGAUGCUAGUGCAACGAAGAGACCGUGCUUUAUGUAAGAAGUCACAACUAAUUAUGUUUGAUUUGCAAGCUCUGGAGUGUUCAUAGUUGAAAAAAGAUUAUGUUAUUACAAGAUCGUUUAAAGUUGCAAGAUUUCACCAGACCAGUGGAUGAAUAAUCAAGAGAUCGUCAUCACCAGGAAGUUUGUUUGUGUAAAAUAUCGAUCAAUUUCUGCUGUAUUUCGGAGCUUCAUACAUUGUUAGCAAAAGAGAGUUGCAAGGAUACGCUUUCAUCGACAGUUGCUUGGUUUGCGUUGAAACAACUGUUUGAAUCUGUUAAGUCAAAAGCAACUUAGCUCCUUCGAGCUAUCUAUUAAUCAUGAAUUAAUUAUCGUCACUAGUAAGAGCUACUCUGAGACCACUCGCUUCUUGCAGGACGAGAGCGUUGCCAUUCAUUUCAAACCUUUGGGCAAAUGAAAUUUAUGAUUGUAUAUGCGGGGUGUAUAUGAGGUCAAUGAAUUUUAUAGCUCAACGGCAGUUUGCAGACGAAAUUACUGAGAACCAUUGUGAUCUGAAGGGAAUUAGAAGUCAACGAAAAAGCUCUUCACAGAAACUUGGCACCUGACUAGAAGACGAUGUUUGGAAACUUGGUGAAUAAUUCCUCAACGUGGUUUUCGUAAUCAGAGAUUUUGGUCAAGAAUCCUGCAAAUCCAGGAGCUAUCAGGAAUUUCCACAACCAGCUGAACUGAUCAUGUUGGUGAACAUAAUCCUCAGCACUUUUGUAUUGCUACUUCAAGAAAUCAGAACUCUCGAAUCAGCAUCAACAACACAUAGGAUUGUUUAUCAAACCUUUUUUGAUAAUCUUCUGACGAACUGUUAUGGAAAGUGCACUUUAUCGCCUACAGAGUAUACCGGUGUAACAAGUAACGUCCGCUGCGAAGGAAAUAACGUCCGUCUGAAGUGUGAGGCAAAUCAUGUAAUCAGAGUCAGUUAUGCAUUUUAUGGAGAGCUGGAGCCUGGGCAAGAGUUAUGUAAAGAUGCGUCAACGGUGCUGGAACAGUGUCGUAAAGAUGUGUUAAACAUUGUCAGUAAGGACUGCAAUGGGAGAGAUUUCUGCUUGUUUACUAUUGACAACGACAGAUUUGGCAAGUUUUGUCAAGCUAAAUAUUUCUAUUUGGACAUCAGACAUCUCUGCGAAUUUCGCCCAUCGACAAUGGCAAAUAACCAUUUUCCUACAACAACGUCAAGUGCAGUUACAACGCGUGUAAAAACGACAACUGAAAAGUCGACCAAAUUAAAACCAAUAACAAUCUUUAAUGAGAAGACCAGCAAGAGUACGAAUAUAAGGACAAGAGAUUUUGAAGGAGAGAGUACCAGCCCUAUUUAUACUACCAAAGGUCGUAGACCAGACGUUAAAGAAACUAAAUCUAGCCAAUCACCCUCUUCAACCUCGCAAUCAUCUUCCUCAACAACCUCUUCUUCAUCUCCAGUUACAACUCACGUGCCAGUGUCCAGCCCUGGAACAUCAGUCAAAAGAACCACCCCUGGAAAGAACAGUCCUGCCCUGAAUAUCGACACAUCUUCUGCAACAAACGGGGGUCGCCAAGCUGGUAAGAAGGCAACACUUUACUGGCUGUUAACAGCACAUUCUUUGGUCACUGACAAGAGCUUUGUCACAGCGAAUUCAACGCAUUUGGCGCUAGCAGUUAUUUUGUCAAUUUUCAUUGCACUUGUGCUAAGCGUCUGUUUCAUACUGGAUCACUGUCGUCGCGAAAAACGUAGACAAGCGCUUAUCAAAUCGCGAGAGAGCGAAGCCGAAGAAGGCCGCAUGGAGAACGGCUCGCCAAUGGCGUUUGAUUUGCGGAGAGGCCCCGGACGUCCUAAAAACGGGUCACGCUGCAAUUCUGCUGUUGCUAACGGCAGUGUUAAACGGUCAAUGAGUCACAGUCUUGAGGACUUGAACCACAACUCCGAAGAAAAAGACGAUAGAUUGCCUCUUAUACCAAUCGCUGCGCCGAAAUUACGCGAGGUAACGCCCGACGAAUUUAAAGAGAGUGCUUUUAUUACACGCUCGUCAACGAUAGACUUGUUACCACCGCCACCAGAGGAGUUAUUAGCAGACACUCCCCAGUUCGAUAAAUCUGGCUUCUUGGACGAUGAUGACUCAGAAACGUCCACGUUGUCGAUACCUCCACCGGUCGGUUUCGGGGACUUUGACGUUAAAGAUUCAAUACUAAAUCCUGCAAAUGUCCAGCCAGUUGUCAAGGUAACAAGCCCGACACCAACUAACAGCUCUGUGUCUUCGAGUCACGUCGGCGUAGCCAACUGUGGAACGAUUUUAAGAUCGGUACCAAAAAUCGAAAACUCGAAGCGACUCAAUAAUGAAUUUUUUCCAGAAGGUCCACCAUCGUCACACGACAGCAAUUUGUUGCAGAAUAGUGUUUCAGUCCAAACAAACGAUUUACGCGAUGGUUAUGACAGGCAAUCUAAAGUAGAAAAUCCUGGACUUGUGUCGAUGAGGUCGCCGCAUUUCGAAGCAACGGAUGUUUAUGCGACAACGGAUAAAGUCUCCAAUGUUGGUUACAUCAAUUUGCAUGAAAUUAGCGCUCAUGAUUCAGAGCAUAUAAAGUCAAGACAGCGUAAGAAAAAUGAGCGUAGCAUUAUUGGUUCGAUUACAUCCCCUAAGGCAGAGGCUAUCGGUGCGCACAUAGAAAGUAAUGCGCAAAGAAACGAGCCAUCCCAGAAACGAGGUCGUUUACUUGUUAUAAAAUCUCCAGGGGAGUCUGAGCGAAAAACUGAUAAAUAUGUCGAUAGGGCGGCUGAGAAACUGGACAGAGGCCGUGCAGAGCACGAAACUGACUCUAAGUCAGUAGGGGACGUUUUACUGGAAAGCGGCAAAAGUGUUUUGCGGCGUAAAUCUUCUGCUGAUGUUGCAGACAUUCCAAAUGGGAAUCUAAAACAAAGAAGGAAAGAAGACUUCGAGCGUCAACGAAGAUAUAGCUCAAAUUUUUCUGGUAAAGCUGAUGUGACGAGGGAUGGGAAGAGUGACUUAAGAGGAGAUUCAAGGGCUGAUACGAUGAGUGAGACGUCAUCGUGUGCAUCAAACGUUGACUCUGAAAGCACGGCAGUUCUCCCGAGAUACGACGCAGAUAACAAGCAGAUAUUUGCCGUACCAAAGCACAGAUGUGGCAUGGGUCACAAGCACCCUUGUGUGUGUAUUCCAUUAAGAACUGGUAGCAGCAGUUUUAUUUGUGCGUGUUUGGAGAGUGCCAAGCAAAAAUCGUCCAAGUGUUGCAAAGAGAACUGCACGGAUGACAAUAGCGGAGCUCCUUACAGUUCGCAGAGACACUUGAGCGGACGCGGUUUGGCGACUGACACUCUUAAAAGGAAAACAUACAACGGAAACUUAAAAAGGGUAUCUUCUUUAGAAAAUUUAUCAACCGACAAAAAGAUCCCGAAACCUGGCACCACUUCGGUCGCAAAAAGUUUGAAAAGCAAGGAAGGAGGCCCAGGAAUAAGUUUCGAUCUUAGUAAUACUCAAGGCACUUCUCAAGAUCAUCGAUCAAAAACCCUGCCUAUUUUGCAGUCAAAAUUAAAACAAAAGGCAAACGGGGAUGGUGUCAAAACGCUAAAUCGAUCUUUCGACAAAGACUUGGCGAGACGCAAUGAACCUAAAAUGAUCCCCGUUAUUGUUCAUUCUUCGAGCAUAAUGCGAGGGAAUGGAAAACCUCGAUUUGAAAAAAACAUGGAGAAACUCGAGGGUAAAUCUGCGCCAUCUAGGUCCGGACUCUCCCGGUCAGUUCGAUCGGAAGACUCGGACAGCUCUGAACGGAGCGAUUCAAUAGACGGACACCUCUCAAAGUCUUUACCGUCAACACCGACGUCGUCAAGACGUAACAAACACGGCCGGCUAUCUCCGAUUUGCGAGACAACUGGGCGAAAGGCGGUCGAUAACCAAACAGACACUAAGUCAUGGCCGAAAAGGUCUCCGAGAUUUCGUAUUCAAGUCGUUGAGAGUAUUCACUACGAUAAAAGACAGCGCUCAAACGAAGUUUAGUAAAUUUUAUUGGUAUUUUGAAUUUACAAGCUAUUUAUUCACACAGCCAACGUGCUGUGUUUUGUAGAAAUUUAUUUUGAUAAUUAGGAAUUUAGAAUCAGUUUAGUGAUAAUUUAUUUGCACAGGAAAUAGAAUAGUGGAAAUAAUAUAUUUUGCUUCGUAAGUUGAAUUUCAGGGUUUAAAUUUUACUGUUUUACGGAAAGGUCCUUUUAUUCGCAAGAUACUUUCCAGUCGCUACUUUAAUUUCGCAUGCACAAGGACAUCGUUGUCUCUAGGCCACGAAGCCACGUCAAUAACGUCAUGUCUCGCCAUUUUGCCCGCCGCCCACCCCUUCCUCAGUCUAACUUUUGUUUAGCCAAUCGGGUAGUUUUUUUCACUUUGCUUAUUUAGCCAAACCCACAAUUUCCCUUCUGCUAUCAAUUCUAUAUUUUUACACACCCUAUUUUUCCUAAAAUUUAAACCUUAUUUUUCUGUUCCAUUAUUCAACUUUUACUCAUUUUGCUUUUUCCUUUGAAUUGUUUCCAAUAGAUUUAAAAACAUUUGUUAUCAUUUCUAAGAAUUUUUGUUACUAGGUUAACAAGAUUCCUAAGAAAUCUGUUUGUAUUAAGCCAUUUUACUUUGCUGCAUGCGUAAACAAGAUAUUUUUGUUUUUACUGGAAAAUAAGAAUGGACAGUAGCCUACAAGAAUGUGUGAAUAAUGCCACUUUUGAAACUAACCUCAUGAAUAAAAUUAUUCGUAUUUCUUGAAUGUUUUCUUCACUUCCGCUUUUUGGUCAUGCGCUUGUCGGCUGUAAUGCCUGGAUUUUGCUGCCUGUGGAAAAUUUUGACUUGCAUUUAAGUUUACUGGCGGUGAUUGCUAAUUUUCUAUGCAUUUUUAGGCUAUUUAUUCAAGCAUUUAUAAGACAAAGAUAGCAAUUGGUAGUUAUGCAUAGUGAGUUAUUUGAAAGCGUGUUUUCAACAUCUGUAAAAUGUACUGAAAUUGGAAGACAUAGCGUUGCCUCUGCUAUGGUGCUAUUGCUGUUCUUAAGUGUUUAUUACUACUGGCCAACCUGUCAGGGAAGAAGAUUUUGGAGACCUGCUGUCAAGGAAACUAGGAUAAUGGAUAAAAUGCCAAAUACGAGGGCAAAUCACUCCAUGGAAACUUCAUACACCUUUGGUGGAAAUCCUAUUACUUCAUCUUCGAAAAGAUAAACCUGAACUUGAAAUCAUCCUGUAUGAUAAUGAUAUUGAUAUCAUUGGCCUUAAUGAGACACGUCUUGACAGUAAUGUAACAGACUCUGAAGUUUCCAUAGGAGGGUAUAAGAUAUAUCGAAACGAUAAAAAUAGCAAUGAGGGAGGAGUAGCAGUGUGUAUAGAAGAAAAUCUCCCAGAACCCUUUAUUAAGCUAAACAACGAUAAACUCGAGCUCAUUUCUCUUGAAGUUUCUCUAAAUGUCCAUGCCCUUUCAUAUUGUUUGUUGGUAUCGACCCCCAACUGCUGGUGUCAAUGACAUGCUUUUGAAAACCUAAGGAAGAUUUUAAAAGAACUAGAUAGGGAAGUGAAGGAAAUUAUUUUGAUCGGGGACAACAACUGUGAUUUUAAAUGUAGCAAAAACGCAAAUGCUAAACAGCUCCCACGCAUCGGCUUCUUUUGAUAAAAUGUUAUCUCAAGUUAACUCAUGAGCUUGAAAUCAAAAAUUUUUGCUUCCAAACUCAUGAGAUAACGUGAGUUUACACGAGUUAAUUUUCAUGAGAUAAUGUUUAAUGAGUGUUGCCACUAUGAGAUAAUUUUUAAACCAUGUCAGAUCACACUCACUUUAACUCAUAGUGGAAACCAAGCUUAAAAAAUUAUACGCAGGUUGCUAUGACAACGAAAGAAUCUGGAGAGCAACGAACAAGCAAAACACUCAUUGACCAUUUUUCUUCCUCCAAUUCCAAAUACAUCAUAGAAGCAAAUGUAAUUAAGACUGGCAUGGUGGACCACUAUCUGGUGUAUGGAAUUCGGAAAAUCAAUGCUUGGCGAAGAUUUAAGAGUAAGAAACCAAUUGUAAUCGUAUAGGAACGAUAUUAUGUGGCAAGAAUUGCCUUGGUUCCUAUCUUUUCUGCUGUAACUUUCCACCGUUGAUGCUACCUCGAAUCUUAUUUUACGUGCAGAGAACACGGAGCCAGUGAGAGAGACAGUGUGUUGCCUGUGUAACUCUGAUGUGAACUGAACUUGACUGAACUUGACUGACUGAAUUACAUACUAAUUAACAUACUUAUAUACAAAAUAAUUGUGCUGAGUAAUGAUGUGUUGUGAUGAUGUAAUGAUGAUGCAAUGGAGAAGGAAAGAUCUAGACUUGGGAAGAAAUCAGCAUGACAUAGAUGUGUGAACGUGUGUACAAUGGUGAAGGGAAUGUCCUGUGCUAGGUGAUGCUGUGAAUGACCUAGGUGGAUGUCAUGGUGAUGGCAUGAUGUAGGAAUAUGGCCUAAUUUACAAUACUGAAAUCACUACAAUCGAAUAUCGCAAUGUGAAAACUACGACAAAGCACUUUUCCGAAACGACACUCAGCAGGUAGACUGGGAAGCUAUUCUAAAGGCUGAUUUCCACGAGGCGAAUUUCGCGACGAAAUCGCCGAUGAAGGCAUCAAGGCAUGCGCAGUUUUGAUUUCGCAGCGAAUUCGCAAGAAAGUAGAAAAGAGUUCUACUUUUUUAUCGGCGAAAUAUUUCGCAGACCAGUCAAAGCAUGGUAAAUUUGCUUGAUUUGUAAGAAAACAAUCUUGAAACAUUCGCCAUUCGUGCAGUUCUGAAAAUGGGCGCUUUAAAAUUGAGUUUUGGCGGAAAUUAUUAUAUAAUUUCGCAGCGAAUUCGCAGUCUCGUGGAAGUCAAAGACAAUUUUCGCAGCGAAUUCGGUGCGAAAUUCGCCUCGUGGAAAUCAGCCUUAACUCCGUUUAGUGAUAUUCCCGCGGGAAUGGCGGCCACGUUUCAGGAGGUAUUCGAAUCUAUUUUGGAUCUUCAUGCACCACUUAAAAGAAAAAGGUUUAUCAGUGAAUUUGCUCCAUGGCUCACCUCCUCUUUGAGAAAUUUAAUGUUUGAAAGAGAAAGACUGAAGGUGCAAGCGGAGAAAUCUCCUGAAAUAUGGUCUGCCUACAAGAGGAAGCGUAAAGCUACAAGAGAAAACAAAUGAGAUGCGCAUUUCUAUCAGGGAUUAUUACCGUGAGUUAAUCGAAGAAAAUAUGGCAGACCCUAAGAAAAUGUGGCGGACAAUGAAUGAAGUCCUAGACAAGAAUGUUAAUAUAGUUUCACUCUCAAAUUUAGACAUAGAUGGUAAAUAUCUAACACGAAAGCGUGAUGUAGUGGAGGCAAUAAACCAUCACUUUGUUUCGGUUGGCCCGAGAAUGGCGGAGAAGAUUAUUUCUAAGCUGGGUGAUGAUUGCCUCCGCAACAUCAAUUCAGUGUCAAAUGAAAUGGUGUUCAAUUCUGUAGAUGAAACUUAUAUGGCGAAUGCUAUUAGAAAGUUGAAGAAUGGAAAAGCAGCUGGCCCAGAUAAGAUCUCCACAACUGUCAUUAAAGAUGUAGGGGAUCUGGUAUCAAAACCUCUGAAAAUGAUUUUUAAUUCAUCGCUUAUGGGUGAAGUCUUCCCACAUAUUUGGAAAAUUGCCAGAGUUACUCUUGUUAUUAAAUCAGGUGCUUAGAAAGAUGUUAAUAAUUACAGGCCUAUAUCAGUCAUUUCGGUUUCCUCGAGUAUCUUGGAGAGAAUAGUUCAUGAACAAAUCUUUGAGUUCCUUGCGGCAAAUAAAGUGAUAACAAGAAACCAAUCUGCAUUUAAAAAACGAUACUCCACUGUGACAUCCUUGAUUGGAGCACCGAUUCUUGGUAUGAAAAUAUCAACUGCAAAAAGCUGAAUCUGAAGAUUUUUCUAGACCUUAAACACAAUCAUGAUUAGAAAACUGAGAGCAUACGUCACUGGCUCAAAUCUUACCUUGAUAAUAUGUUGCAUACCCCAAAGCCCUUGCUUAGGCCCUUUUCUAUUCAUAAUAUAUCUAAAUGAUUUUGAACGACGCCUAAAAUUUUCUAAGGCAAAUAUCUAUGCUGA